UUUGCGCUCAUCUCUCUCUCUUUUAAACUCCGACACGGCAGAGAAAACAGGGACAAGAUAGACACAGAGGAGAAAAGAGAGGAAAAGGGGAUCCCCGUCCCAAGAAUCAGUGAAGACUGCUACUGCUAGUGCUAGACUGGGCUCGACAGAAACAGAGAGAGAAAGCGGAGCUCAAUGGCGUCGCCGGCGGCGCUCCUCUGCCUCGCCGUCGCCUUCCUGGCCGGGGCGGCGAUGGCGGCCGACCCCUACGCCUUCUUCGACUGGGACGUCUCCUACAUCACCGCCUCCCCUCUCGGCGUGCCCCAGAAGGUGAUCGCAAUUAACAAGCAGUUCCCCGGCCCCAUCGUCAAUGUCACCACCAACUACAACGUGGUCGUCAACGUGCUCAACAGCCUGGACGAGCCACUCCUCAUCACCUGGGAUGGCAUCCAGCACCGGAAGAACUGCUGGCAAGACGGGGUUCUCGGCACAAACUGCCCCAUACCGCCGGGAUGGAACUGGACCUACAAUUUCCAGGUCAAGGAUCAGAUCGGGAGCUUCUUCUACUUCCCGCCCCUCAGUUUGCAGCGCGCUGCUGGCGGUUUUGGGGGCAUCACUGUCAAUAACCGGGCGGUGAUCUCGGUCCCGUUUGACACGCCGGAUGGGGACAUCAGGCUGUUCAUUGGUGACUGGUACAAGAAGAACCACACGGACCUGAGGAAGAUGCUCGAUGAUGGGAAGGAGCUCGGGAUGCCUGACAGCGUUUUGAUGAAUGGAAAAGGGCCAUAUAGGUAUAAUGACUCCCUUGUCCCAGCUGGCAUCGAGUAUGAGACUAUCAAUGUUGAGCCAGGAAAAACGUACCGUUUCCGUGUCCACAAUGUGGGGGUCUCUACGAGUUUGAACUUAAGGAUUCAGAGCCACAACAUGGCCCUUGUUGAGACAGAGGGUGCAUACACAAUGAAGCAGAAUUUCACGAACCUCGACAUCCAUGUGGGGCAGUCUUACUCAUUUUUGGUCAGUAUGGAUCAGAAUGCGAGCAGUGAUUAUUACAUUGUGGCCAGCGCCAGGUUUGUGAACGAGUCAAUCUGGACCAGGGUUACUGGUGUUGCGAUUUUGCACUACUCAAAUUCAAAGGGCAAAGCAUCUGGCCCACUUCCUGAUCCACCGAAUGAUCAGUAUGACAAAACUUUCUCAAUGAACCAGGCACGGUCAAUCAGGAUGAAUGUGAGCACUGGUGCUGCUCGUCCGAAUCCUCAAGGUUCAUUUCACUAUGGGCAAAUCAAUGUGAGCCAAGUGUACAAGUUGAGGAAUGAGCCACCUGUUACCAUCAAUGGGAAAAAACGGACUACACUGAGUGGUAUUUCUUACUCCCCACCUGCUACUCCUUUGAGGAUGGCAGAUCUCUAUGACAAGAAAGGUGUCUACACACUGGACUUCCCAACUAUGCCAUCUGAUGGACCGCCGGUGAUUCGUUCUUCUGUCAUCAAUUCCACAUACAAGAACUUCCUGGAAAUUGUGUUUCAGAACAAUGACACGAAAGUUCAGACCUACCAUAUUGAUGGAUAUGCAUUUUGGGUCGCAGGAAUGGACUAUGGUGAGUGGAGUGAAAAUAGCCGUGGAACGUACAACAAAUGGGAUGGUGUUUCCCGUUGCACCACUCAGGUAUUUCCUGGAGCAUGGACUGCUGUCUUAUUGUCACUCGACAGCCCGGGUUUCUGGAAUGUGCGAGCGGAAAAUUUGGACACAUGGUAUCUUGGUCAAGAAACAUACAUCAGGGUCCUGGAUCCAGAAGGAGGUUACAAUGUUACUGAGUCGGUCGAACCAGAUAACGUUCUCUACUGUGGUCUCCUCAAGGAGAAACAAAAGGCCCAGAAACCUCAUGCAUCAACAAGUUCAUCACCCCCUGCAGUAAAACAGAACGACUAUUUGCUAGCUGUUCUGGUGUCAUUGGUAGCACUGGCGGUCGUCCGUUGAAGUAGUUUUUAGCCCGUGUUAUUAGAUCUGUGCUUGCAAGUUAGGAAAUUGAGUUUGUAGGUCAAGUUCUCAGGAUCCAUCAAUUGGUGGAAAUCCUGCCAUUGUGCAUCGGCGAAUUGUCUGAUUUUUUUUAACAGAAUUGUGUACAACCAUUGCAUUGCAUUGUUUCCGUACGUGCUGCCCGUCACCCCACAAUUAGGAGUGCCGUGCUGCCUUAAGAUUGAUUUCUCUCGCAUUCAGUUAGCUAGCCUUGUGAAGAUUUGGAAACAUUGGUCACUGCAAUUUGCAAGAGUAGUUUGACUUCUGUGUUAUGUCAAUUAUUAUCAA